AAUAAAUUGAAAUAUUUUUUUAAUGAAUUGUGGAAAUUUAGAAUUAUUUAUUUUUAAAAUAAUAACAGUCAAUAAGAAAAAUCAUGAAAUCAUGUGUUACCAACAGCAACAACUUAAAUCGCAAUUUGCCCUUAAAUAAUAAAAGUAAAACUACAAAAAAUCGCCACAAUACAAAUUCCGCAAAUUCCCUAUUGACAAAUGCGGCCAAUAUGAAAAUAACCAAAGCCAUUGUAAAUUCGAAACAACAACAACAGCAACGUAAAACCGCAAUAACACCAGCCAAGGGAUCAAAUACGCUCCACGCCAAGUCUACAUCAUUUGACGGGGUGUCCCACCUUAACAGGGUGGAGGGGUUGAAUAUGACCGAAGGCCAGGAUUUGAAUUUGAAUGCUAUAAUCCUUAAAGAGGAUGCUUUGCAUACAAAGAAAGAGAGCCCAGCCGAGAAAGAGAUGGCCUAUGGCAGAGAGCAAAGAUCAGCCACACAACCAGCAAAUACCCAUACCCACACACAUGGCUUGGCAGCAGCAGCAACAACAACACCACCAACAACGGCGACGGCCAGUAAUGAAACAAAAAACUCGUCAAUGCCUUUGUAUGCAGGAGUAACAAAUUCGAGAGAGCAUAACAAUGACAACAACAACUACAGUGGAAACCAGCAGGCUCUUCAGAGCAAUAACAACAGCAACAACAACAACAACGGUAAUUCAACUGCCUGUAGUGAGUUUUUAAGGUCUGGCACGAAUUUGAAUUUAUCGUCUUUGGCUACGAAACCACCACAGCUCAUAUCAGUUGUCAACGAACGAUCAAACCAAACAGUGUUACGUACCACGACAGCACCGACGACAAUUACGACGACCACGACAAACCCACCAAACGAUGACAAUGAUAAUAAUAUAAUAAUCAAAGUCAGCAAUAAUAAUAAUAACAACAACAGCCAAGUGACCACAAAUCGAGAAGAUCAACAACCGAUAGAUUCUCAUCAGAAUUAUCAGGAAUCUGUGAAAAAAAUCUCAACUCUAAAUUUCAACGUGAAAACGAGUGACAAUGAAAGUGUUACAACAAAUGGCAAAUUAGCAACCACAACAACAACAAAUACAAGUGCAAAUUCGAAUCCGAAUUCAAAUGCCACAAUAACAACAAAUUCUAGUGAUAAUACAACAAGCCCAAAUAAAACAGUGAUAAAUAGUGUAAUAACAACAGCAACAACAAAUCAUAACAACAACAACAACAAUAGUGCAAAAGAAUCUCAUUUGAAAUCUGAACAAAAUAAUACCAGUGUCGAACUCCCAACCACCAACCAUCAUCACGAAGAGAAUCUCACGCCACAAAAUUAUCGCGGCCUUAACAACUCUGUGAUCAUCACCAACUAUCAUCAAAACUCUCACGGCAUUCAGAAUUCCGAAUUCAAUGCCUCCACGAUACUCAAUGUUGCCAGCAAUGAUCCGAAUCUAAAUUUAGCUGUGACGGGACAUAAUUUGCAAACGACCUCCGAUAUUACGGCCGAACAUUUGCAGGUUGCAGGUGGCCACAGCGACGAACAGCAACAACAAAUUCUACAUCAUCAUCCACAACAACAGCAACAACAACAUCCCCAGUCCCUGGCCAAUUGUCCACCGGAACACUGGCUGAAUGCCGCCUACAACUCCUGUGCCUAUGACCUGUCUUUAAAUCACCCAUCAUCGAAUUGUGCCGACUUGGGUUUGCAACUUCUACCCUCACCACAUCACACACCCCACGGAUACUACAAUCCCCAUCCACAUCACCCCCAUCAUCUGAACAGCAGUAGUCCCCUUACCCCCAGCUAUUUACAAGAAGAACACAACGCCACAAUGCGUUCCAAUCUAGCCCUCUACACAACGCCCUAUGGCUCACAUCACGAACAUCACCUGCAUCAGCAUGGUCUGAUGGGCUCACAGACCACCGGUCCCACCAUACAUCACACAUACGAUGAGAUCAUACAGGACACACUCAAAGACGAAUGUCUCGAAGAACAUCAGUCGGCCGCGAGCUAUUUAACCCUAAAUCCAGUAGACAUACAAUCCCUUAAGGAUACCUAUCAUUCGCCAGGUUUGGGUCAAGAAAUAACCCCCCUCACAGCAAUUGCCCCCGCCCAUCUACAGGCACCGUCGCCCACCACAGCAUCACAACAUCAUCACCUGCAUGCCAUCCAUUACAUACAACACAACAAUUCGGCCAGUUCGGGUGGAAAUUCACCCUCACCCUCGUCGGGCCUAUCGCAAUCGGGUGGCGACUUGGCAACUCUACAGAAUUUCACACAAUUGACAAAUGCCUCCGCGGGACCAACGGGACAUCGUGAUAUUUACAGCAUGCUGAGCGGACCCGAACAGGGACAAAUGUUCAGUUUCACCUCACCACCAUCACCGGUCCUGGCCAAUGGUUCCGUUUAUGCCGCCCCCUUGUUGGCCGCUACGGCCACCUCCAAUGGUGGUGGGAUGGGUGCCUAUGGCAUACAAACGGCCAAUAUUAUGGGUACAAAUUCAUCGCCACCGCCAACGCAUCAUCAUCACCAGGCCAUGACACCCACCAAUGGUGGUCAUGCGGCCAAUUCACCGGCAGCAACAGCUGGAGCAAACAACAACCCCACCUCGAAUGGUGGUGGUGCACAUGAAACGCAUAAUGAUGAUUAUGAGAAUGGUUCACCCAAGAGCAACCACAGCAGUGCGGGCGGAGGUGAUGGUAACUCAACGACGGCGGCGGCGUCGGGUGGUGCCUUGCCAGCAUUUCAAAGAAUUGCUGGCAACACAUAUGGAGCCAAUGCAGCCGGUGGUGUUGAACGUUACGGCUCACUGAAUAACUAUCGCAGUCAUGCUGAUUCCUGGUCCAACUAUGAGGCCAUUAGCUAUGCACCUGCCUCCAUGGCAAAUCAGGCGCUAAACAAUGCCCUGGCCAACUCCAAUGUCAUACGCAAUGCUGUGUUCAAUGGACGUUCGGGAACCGCCGCUGAGGUGUCGGGAGCCAAUGCCAAUUUGGCAGCCUCUGCCUCUUUGUCAGCCAUGGCCGCUGGAUCGGGCGGGGAUUUCUAUAAGAGCUAUGCGUUUAGCGUUACAAAUCGGAACAACAACAGCACACCCAACACUGCCCCACAUAGCAACAACAACAACAACAGUGGCUCAACGCCAAACCUAAAAGAGGAACAUGUUGUUAGUCGUGCUACCUCCAGACGUUUGAGUGCCUCCCGCCGUGCCGGUCUGACCUGUUCCAAUUGUUUGACCACCCAAACCUCCUUAUGGCGCCGCAAUCCCAAUGGCGAGCCAGUGUGCAAUGCCUGUGGCCUCUACUAUAAACUGCACAGUGUCAAGCGUCCGUUGACCAUGAAAAAGGAUACAAUACAGACCCGCAAACGCAAACCCAAGGGUUGUAAGGCCGAAAAAAUGAGCAAGAAACAGGCAGCAGCCGCUGCCGCCGCCGCAGCAGCUGCAGCAGCAAAUUCCAGCACUAUGGAGCAAGGCCUCAAUGAAAAUUCCAAUGGAAAUAUUUCCGGACUGAAUCUAAGCGAUAAUGAUAUUAAACCUUUAACACACCAACAACAAUUAAACACAUCCGCAUCAUCAUUAACCCAAUCGGCGGCUACAUCACCCACGACUAGUUUACCAUCGCCAAGUAAUUCUCAUCAUCACACGUUAAGUAAUAACAACAACAACAAUAAUAAUAAUAACAAUAACAGCAUGAAAAUGUCACCAACAUCGCCGUUGAUGCAACAGCAACAACAACAUCAUCAUAACUUGGGAAAUAUGUCACCACAUGAAUAUCAGCAGCAGCUUGGCCAGUUGCAGGCCUAUCAGCAACAGCAUGCCUCAUCAGCUUCAUCAUCGCCAAACAACAACAACAACAAUUCCACAUUUAAUGAACCAAACGCUAAUGAUGGCAAUCUGUCAUUUGUUAAUUUAUGCAACAACAACAGCAGCAGCUGCAGCAUGCGGACAAACUGA